AAUUGAACAUUUGCAGUUGCAAUCUGUAAAGUUGAGGCGGGGCAGAAAUCGUCAGCAAUAUGUGAGACGGGCGUUUUUCUCAUUUCUGAAACUCUUCCAUUCUCCCUAACAUGCCUCAAGCAAGCAUGAAAAUGAACAGGUUCUGCCGGAGUAGUUGAUAAAGCCAAACAGCACGCUCUUUUUGACGAGUCCAGCACGGACUAGGAAUGAGAUACAGUCUCAUUGGAGAAUAAGUUUCGAGAGAAGGACUAAAUAGUUGCAAACAGCCUAAACUGAAACCAUGGACGUAUUCAAUUCAUGAAGAAUCUCAGUUGAGCCAUAAAAUCUCUGUCUUGGGGUUUCCGAGUUUUAAUAGGAGUGGGAAUCCGGUGCCAUUUGAGGGGCAGGUUGGUCAUCAUUCUGUAGCUGUAAGACUUCAGGUUCUCUCUCAGGAAUCAGCAUGGCGCACCGCUCUCAGUGUUCCUCAGCAGGGGAUAACCCCCUGGACCCCAAAUACCUGCCUUCCCACUUCCGCGAGGAGUACCGGCUGGCCAUUGACGCACUUGUGGAGGAUGACUUGGAGGGCUAUUAUGAAUUCCUUCAGAGUGCGGAUGUGGUGGACUUCCUCUCCAGACAGGAAAUUGAGCACAUUAGGUGCACAGUGCAAAUUCCGUACCAGAGCACUCAGCCAGAGCUCCCGUAUGUAGAGUCUGAGGGAGAUGGCUCUUCAGACACAUACUGGCCUGUGCACUCUGACUUGGAUGCACCUGGUCUUGACCUUGGCUGGCCCCAACAUCAUCACUUCAUAGGCCCCACCGAGGUCACCACGCUGGUUAACCCCUCUGAGCCAGAUAUGCCCAGUAUCAAGGCGCAGGCUCGUCGACUUAUCAAGAAUGCUCAACAAGUGAUUGCUGUGGUAAUGGACACCUUCACAGAUGUGGACAUCUUCGCUGAUAUUCUGGAUGCUGCCAUGCGAAGUGUUGCCGUGUAUAUCAUUCUGGAUGAACAGAAUGCACACCACUUUACUACCAUGGCUUCCAACUGCCGGGUCAAUCUGGAGAGCAUUCAAUUCAUGCGUGUCAGAACUGUGUCAGGCAUCACCUAUCGCUGUCGCUCUGGAAAAUCCUUCAAGGGUCAAAUGCUGGAUCGCUUCUUGCUGACAGACUGCAGGGCUGUCCUGAGUGGAAACUAUAGCUUCAUGUGGUCUUUUGAGAAGAUUCACCGUUGCAUGGCUCACCUCUUUCUUGGACAGCUUGUGACUACUUUUGAUGAGGAGUUCCGAAUCCUGUUUGCACAGUCCCAACCUUUGGUACCUGAAAAUGUCCUUGUUCCAGUGCCAGACUACAGCAGUUUAUCUGACAGCCAAUACAGCACUGAUAGGACACCAUUGUUCAGAGAUCCCAGAAAGUUCCUGCCCAUAGAGAGCUCUCUUCCUAAAGAAUGGGCUAGACAUUCCUUUGAUGAUCAGAAAAGAAUGCCCCCUGGAAGGCACGAGCACAUCCACAGAUCGCUAGAUCAGGGUCCACUAGAUAUACACAGAAACAAGUACUCCUCACAGCAAUUUAGAAUAGAGCAGCAGUAUUUUGUGGAGCAAGGUCACCCUAUGAUACAGUCGAACACAAUGGAUUUUGCUGGCUCUAAAAGGCACAGUUAUGCAGAGGGCACUUAUGCCAGACACUCCUCCUCUCAAUUCAUGCAGCACCAAGCCAUGCACAACUUUCAGGAGGGUAUGGCAACCCAGAGCAGGAAGAUACAUAGGGAACAGCAUCACUACCAGAGAACAGGGCCAGAGCCUGGUUAUGGUAGCUACGAUCAAUUCAGGGACCAAGGGUACCCUCCGAUGGAUCAGUAUUCUGAGUCUGGGUACCCACAUGGAAUAGAGAUAGAGCCACCAGACAACUAUGACCCUGUAGUGAAUUAUUUAUCAUCAUCGAAACUUGCUAUGGAGAUGGGACAUGGCUCAGACAAAUUAUCACUUCCAGGAGAGGGUCCCUUUUGUCAUUCAAAUGCAAAAAGACUGAGCGUGGGCCAUCCUUAUGCCUGUCAGACCUCCCCAACACAACAAAACCUGUCUGAACAGAAGCAGUUUUUUGUUGGGUCUGGUUCGGACCGUAAAACACAGGAUCCCAGUGCAAAGCAGGGGAUGCGAGAUUGGAGGAUCAGCUCAUACCUCAGUGCAUAUGAUGAUGCCGGGGAAGAAGACAUUUCACAGCCUUUUGGAAAUGAUCCCUUUGAAGAGCCCCUUAAUCCCUCACAAGGAACAAUAUUUGCUCCACUGGUAUCAGAUCCCAAGUUUAAUGCCAAAGAGUUACCCAAGAUUGCAGGGCUCAGGUUAAAGACCACACGCCCAGAACAUUCAAGAACACCAGAUAUUAUUGUUAGCAUGGCAACAGAUGAAGGUGACAAAUCAGAGGAUAUGGAUGUAAAAGAGCCCAAAAGAGAAGAGUCAUUCCGUAGGAGGUUCAACCCUGCUAUCCAAAGGACCUCAAGGCUAAGAUCCUCACUAAUCUUCAGCUCACAACUAGAACAGCAUAUCUCUCAAGAACUGAACCUUACCUCAGGCCAACAUUGUGAGGAAACUGCCAACGAGGAAGAUGACCAAUCUAGAUUUUCCUUGACUGCUCAGAUUUUGGGAAAACGAAGAUCCAUAACAAGAGAACCUUUUCAAUGGAGAUGUAAUAAGCCAGCAACAGUUGAUAAUUCAACCAUAGAGUCUUUGAAAUUUAAGGACGUCACUACUGAUGCCGGUGAUAAGGAAUUGCAAAAUAAUCCUCCUUUGGGCACCAACAUGGCUUCUUCAAAGGAACAACCUAAACCUGACCAUGAAGAAGAAAGCAAAAUGGUACAAUGUGCACAUCCAUCCAAAUCUGCUCAAAUUGAGCAACCCAAAACCAUACAAACAGCACACCUGCCAUCUUCAUUGAGCAAUACAUUAUAUAUAGAUAUGAAUGAUCCAGACAGUAGGUUCAAGUUUUUUAAAGAGUUGGCUGCCAAACGAAAAGCUGCAAAGGCUUCAGAGUCUGAGAGUAGCGCUGAAAAAGCUCCUCUAAAUCCAGUGACUCCAUUUGACUUGAAAACAAAGGACGAAGUCACACGUGUAGAACCUACUCUUCCAGUGGCUCCACUAAAUCCAGCAGAUACUUCCACCAAAAAGCCAUCUACAUCAACAGAGGGACCUCUUAACCCAGAAGAUACAUCAAACAAAAAGAUAGCAACAUCAACAGAGGCCCUUCUUAAUCCAGCAGAUACUUCAACAAACAAGACAGCAACAUCAACAGAGACCCCACCUAAUCCAGCAGAUACUUCAACAAACAAGACAGCCACAUCAACAGAGACCCCACCUAUUCCAGCAGAUACUUCAACAAACAAGACAGCAACAUCAACAGAGACCCCACCUAAUCCAGCAGAUACUUCCAACAAAAAGCCAGCUACAUCAACACAGACCUCUUCAGAAACACUGGAGACCUCACCUGUCUCGCAGGGGAAUAAAACAUCCAUGGCAACACAUGGCUCAUUACAUCUUGAUGUCAAAGACGAGGCUUCUAAAAAUAAAGAACAGGAAGAACUUAAUCUUCCCAAAAGUGACUCCAAAACAUUCCUCAGGCGUAGAUUAUCUUGUGACGAUGGGCUACUUAGAGUCUCUAUGGAUGCUGAGAAGAUUGAGCUGAAGAACAGUCAGAACCAAAGUGUGUCUGAAGUUAACACAAGAGAUACAAGUGCAUUUCUUGAGCACACCUCAAAAGAGCGUAGCUUUAACAUCGCCCCAAAGGAGUUUAGUUCAUAUAAACUAUCACCAAAGGAACCAAAUUCUUCAAAUCCUGCUUCAAAGGAGCUGAGCCCAUCCCUUCCACUCACCCUAACAGAAGUUAGCUCGUUGUUAUCUCCAACAACAACGAGUUUCAGUUUGGCUAAUCUCACUUCAUUUAAACAUGCCGCAAAAGAUUUGAGCUCAGCCCUUACCCCCACCCUUAAUGAGUCCAGUUCAUCUAACCUCCCGUCAAAGCAGAAAUUACUAUCCUCUAAACCAGUCACAGUAGAGUCCAACAAACCUCUGAGCCCCACCCAAUCCGAAUCAAGUGUCUCUUCUCAUCCCAUUCCAUCAAAAUCCAGCACCUCUGCUCAUACCAUCCCAUUGCAAUCAGGUGCCCCCAUUACUCCUGGUCCAGUUGAGCCAGUUGUGUCUCCCAAGCCUGACAAAACUGAUUCCAAGGAAUCUCUUUGCCCUACCCCAAUGCAAUCUUGCUCGUCCUCAAUCCCUGCCCCUGUCCCUGCAACAAAACUUAGCCUUCGGCCAAGCUCUACCCAAACAAAAUCCAGUUCCUUACCUAUAUCAACCUUAGUUGGGUCCACUUCAUCAACACCAAUAGACUCUAACAUCUCUCCCAAUCCCUCCACAAAGGAGUCAUUGUUUACAAUUGCCAGAACUGAGUUAAAGUCACCCUCUCCAAAGACCAACCUAAUAAAAUCCUACUCCUCUCCUAGUCCUGGCCAAGAUGAGUUUGUUUUAUCCCCCAACCCCUCCAAAACAGCAUCCAACUCUGAUCCAAAGCCCACCACAGCAGAGUUGAAUGACUCUCCCAACUCCUCACUUCCAUCGCCAAAGCAUUUCAUGGAACAAGCCAACAAAUCACCCAUCCUAACACCAACACAAUCUAGUUCUUCUUCCAAUCCAACAACAAGAGAACCCAACCCUCUUCCUAACAACACCCCAACGGAACCAGGUGCAUCUCCUGACCACACCCCAACAGAUUCAAGUGCAUCUUCUAACCCUACCCAAACAAAAUCGCAUUCCUCCCCUAUGUCUGCGUCAGGUGGAUCAGUUUUGUUCCCCAUGUCUGGCCAAACAAAAUCUAUCACUUCUCCAAACCUCACCCCAACAGAAUAUUGUUCCUCUCCUAAUCAUACCCCAACUGAGUCUACCUCACCAUUCAACCCUGUCCUUGUAGAAUCCAACCCAUCAAGUAACUCAAACCCAACUCAUUCCACUGCCUCUCUUGACACUGUCCCAGCUCCAUCCGCCAUUGUGGAUAACAGUAAGAAGGGCAAACUAAGUAACCUUAUCAAGGAGCAAAGAGCUGGAAGUUCUCCUGCCGCUAAAGGUGACAAGAAAGCAGGUGAUCCUGAGAUAAUGAGCAAAACUGCUCCUGGAGAAUCCACCUCCCAUGGACCUCAGAGUCCUGAUGAAACCAAAGAGAAUGAUAGCACUAUGAAACCAGAGAGCCCUACAGAUCAAACUAAUCCCAUAUCACCCCCAGUGAAGCAAGCUAAAGUAAGCCAGUCCCACUACCAUUCAUCUACUGCCAAUGUACUCUCAAGCAGCAACCUAAGAGAUGACACAAAGCUCCUUUUAGGGCAGAUUUCUGCUAACAGCCAGAGCCGGACAGAAUUCACUAUAGAAUCUGCUGUCACUGAUGAUGCCAAACAGGAUGAGGCUGACCGGGGUGUUAGUGGUAAGGAGGAAGAAUCAGCACUAGGACAGAGCAGAGGCCCGACUAGAACUUCUCAGGAGCGGGAGAAGCUACUUCAGAGAAUCGAGAGCAUGCGGAAGGAGAGGAAAGUAUACAGCCGCUUUGAGGUAAAGUACCAUACUGUAUCAAUAGGCCAGUAGCAAUUUACAAAAUACAAUUUUAAGGUACCUAUUGUACCCAAGGUACCCACUGUAUUGUGUUUUCACUCACACCUGCUUUCCUUCAUGUGAGCUCAUGUUUUUUGUUUAUUAUUCUGUAUUUUGAUAGACGCCGCCUUAACCAGGGAUCGGAAGGAUGAUUGAGUAUGGAGAAAGACCAUCGCUAAUUCUCCUCCAAAACUUGUCCUUUAACUAUAUCCAUUCCCCAAAAGUCUAAAAUCACAGGUCGGAGAGGCACAGCUAGCUAACCAGCAGAGAGGUAUUAUUCUCAGGUUUCUAUAUUAGAGUGUUCCUCCGAAUGGACUAUCUGCAUGUAAAUGAUUAAGGUUUAUGGGAACAUGAACAGAAACUUGACUAAGUUGACUAAGUUUACCAACAUGGACUACUGUAUAAGUAAACAGAGACUCUACAGUGUGGACAAUGGACUACUGCUAUCUACAAGGUGGGACUGAAACAUGCAAUCUCAUCAGAUAAAUACACAGCUAAAUGUGAAAUAUAUUUGAAAAGUGUUGUGUUCAUAGACACACCGGACACAUAGGUAUUGUUGACUGUAUGGGUCAACUGCAAUGUAAUAUCUGUUACUCUCAUGGUUGUUUAAUUAUUAUCUGUUUGGGGAUCUGUUUUAUAUACUAACAGACAUUUCAAAAUACAAACAUUAGAAUCACCAUUAAUCAUCAUAGAACAUGUAAUCAUCAUAAACAGUGCAAGUAUAGCUUUCAAGUAGUUAAUGGGACCACUUUCUUCAUUUCAGUAGGUUAGUAGGUGUAACAAAUCAGGAUGACAAUGUGCAAGAUAAACCAAAUGCAGGUAACUGCCAAAAUAAUGUAAACACAUAUGUAAAUGAGGGAUACAAAGAAUAUUGAAGGCAUGUUCUUCCACACAGGUGUGGUUCCUGAAUUAAUUAAGCAAUUAACAUCAUGCUUUGGGUCAUGUAUAAAAAUGCUGGGGCAGCCAUUAUUUUGGAUAGUAUUGUUAUACCCCCAUAGGAUGACAAUGCUCCCAUCUGCAGGGCACAAGUGGUUACUGAAUGGUUUGAUGAGCAUUAAAACAAUGUAAACCAUAUGCCAUGUUUGUCUCAGUCACCAGAUCUCAACCCAAUUGAACACUUCUGGGAGAUUCUGG